UCACGGUUAUUAUUGUCUUGUCACUUUACACGUUUUGAGUUAACCUCAAAACGCGCGGUUAAUUUAUUUAGUUAAUUUUUGGUUUAAUCAUGCCUCCAAAAUUCUCAAAAUCCUCAGGUUUAUGGGUGCAUUGUGAUACAUGUUCCACUGCUUUUCUCCAAAAAGAUGCCGAGCUACAUACCACCGAUUGUCCGCCUGACGACAAAAACCACACAUACGAUUACAUUAAAGAUUCCACCCUUGUUAGUACGUUAGACGUCAAGAGUAAUGAAGAUGUUAAAUCAGUAACACAACUGGAUAGAGAUCAUAUGGUAUUUAUGAGCCAAAGCACCAUACAGAUUUGUGGAUUUUCAAUCGGACAAUAUGUAAGCAUUAAAUGUGAUGGGUUAAAGUUUCCAAUUGCCAGAAUGGUGUGGCCUACAACUGAAAAAAAUAUAACAGCCGUUUUGUUAACAAAAAAUGCUAUGGAUUUAUUGGAACUAAAAUCAAACUCAAUAGUUUCAGUAUCAAAGAUAAAUCCAAUUUUUGAUGCAAAUACAGUAACCUUAAUUUUAUUAAAUAACCAAAAAUCGUUUGUUUUAUGCACAGAAUUACAAACAAGAAUAUCUAAAAGUUACGCUCACAAAGUGAUAGCUAAAAAUAAUUUAAUUACAAUAGUAUUUUAUGGUAGAUUACUUAGAUUUGUUGUAAAAAGCAUUCAAUGUGAUCCAAUUCAAUUUAUUGAAGCUGAAUUGGGCGAAAUGUGUCUUGAGCAUGACACUAAUAGUCUGGUUUUUUAUCAAAUAACGGAAAAAACUCAAUUUAAAUUAUUUAAAAGCGGUGCUGAUUAUCAAAAACAAGUAAUUUUAAAAGACGCCAUUGAUGAUGUAGGUGGAUUAGAUGACGAAAUUGCGGAACUAAAUGAAUUAAUCACAGUUGGAUUAAAUUUAUCUGAAGUUACCAUCAAUUUUAGACCAACAAAAGCUUGUUUAUUAUACGGUAACUCAGGAACAGGAAAAACUUUAUUAACUAAAGCCUUAACAAAAACAAUAAAGGCUUAUGUUGUCUCAAUAUCAUCUAGUGAUUUAUACACGAAAUAUAGUACGAGUAUUGAAGAUAAAUUGGAUUCAUCUUUUACUGAAGCUGACGAAAAUGCUCCUAGUAUUGUUAUUUUUGAUGAAUUCGAUAUUUUAUGUCCUUCAAAGCCUAGUAGGACCACAGACUCAGAAAAAAAAAUUGUCUCUAAAGUUUUAACAUUUUUUGAUAGCAUUAUUGAAGGAGAUAAACAAAUUUUUAUAAUUGGAACUACAAAUAAAAUCGAUUCUAUUGAUAAUUGUUUUAGAAGGUGUGGUCGAUUUGAUAGAGAAUUAGAAAUUCCCACUCCAAACCCAAUAAAUCGUUUUCAAAUUCUUAAAAAAAUGUUAAAAAACGUCAAAUUAAUAAUUGACGAAGAAUCUUUAAAAAAAAUUGCUUUCAAUGCCCACGGAUUUGUUGGAGCUGAUCUCCAAGCUUUAUGUUCAAGAGCAACUCUUCACGCUACUCGUUUCAAUAGGAAUGCUUUAGAAAUGGAAGAUUUUAAUUUUGCUCUGACGAAAGUACGGCCAAGUGCGAUGCGCGAAAUCCAAAUUGAGGUACCUAAUGUUCGUUGGUCAGAUAUUGGUGGACAAGAUAAUUUAAAAUUGGUUCUUAAACAAGCCGUUGAAUGGCCUUUGAAAUAUCCCGAUUGUUUCGUUCGAAUGGGAAUAACUCCUCCAAGAGGUGUUUUAAUGUUUGGCCCACCUGGUUGUUCAAAAACAAUGAUUGCCAAAGCUUUAGCAACUGAAAGUGGUUUGAAUUUUAUUUCGAUUAAAGGACCGGAAUUAUUUAGCAAGUGGGUUGGAGAAUCUGAAAGAGCGGUUAGAGAAGUUUUUAGAAAAGCAAGACAAGUUGCCCCUUCUAUUAUAUUUUUUGAUGAAAUCGAUGCUUUGGGUGGUGAAAGAUCCGGCAGUUCUUCGACGAAUGUUCAAGAAAGAGUUUUAGCCCAAUUAUUAACAGAAUUAGACGGUGUAACUCCUUUAGGAGAUGUUACCGUUAUCGCCGCUACGAACCGACCAGAUCGAAUUGAUAAAGCGUUGUUAAGACCAGGAAGAUUAGAUCGACUAGUUCUUGUACCUUUACCAGAUGAAACAACUCGAAAAGAAAUUUUUAAAUUAAAAUUAGCAAAAAUGCCUGUUUCACAAGUGUAUAUUGCGGUUUUAGUUGAAAAAACUGUCAAUUAUACUUGCGCUGAAAUUGUUGCUGUUUGUCAUGAAGCUGCAAUGGCUGCUUUGGAAGAAAGUUUAAACGCUCAAGAAGUAACAAUGAAACAUUUUUAUAAAGCUCUUGAAAUAAUAACACCUAGAACUCCAGAUAGUUUAUUGGCAAUAUAUGAUGAUUAUUAUUUAAAAUAUCGUCAGUAUAAAUAAUUUUAUAUCUUCAUAUAAAUGGAUAACUUUGGAAAUAAAAUGUAUCUGUUAAAGUUUUAGAUUUAUGAUCAAUGUUUUUUCAACUAAUUGAUAAAAUCUCUGAAAGUAUCAAGCACUUAGUAUUAAAACUUUUUGUAUGAUAAUUAAAAUUAAAUAUCUAAUCUUUGAUACAACAGCA